GAGGGUUUUUCCCAUUUCCAGAGCAUUUCGAUUGUCGUGGAAGAAGAAAUGUCUCUUAUUGACCUUUCUGAAAGCUCUGAUGUAUUAUCGUCUAGGAAUAAUAAUGAUAACUCGGAAAAAGGAGAACAUAAUAAAGGCUUUCCUGCAGACUCUAUGAACUUUUCUACUACUAUUCCCGAAGAAAGUGUCAACGGCCAGUGUUUGACUUGUUUUGAACACGAGGCGAACAUUCGUUUAUUACCUUGUGGUCAUCAAAUAUUAUGUGGUGUGUGCCUAACUUAUUUGUCAGAUGAAAGGUGUCCAAUCUGUAGGGAAAAAGUAGAGUCUGUUGAAAUAUUUACUCAGUUUCAUCAAGACUUUACUUCAGAUUUGGAGAAGAGAGAAAGAGAGAGAGAGUUGAGUUCAGGAGAAGAGGAAAGGACACUUUCAAAGCAAGAAAUUUCCCUCAGAGAAGAAUCCUUUUCUGGUCUUUUACUUUCACAAAACUACUCCUUGUCACCUUCAAAUGGUGAGACUUCGAGGUCUUUAAGUUUUCGAGAUGUUUCCUUGAGAAGGAAACAACCUCAUUCUAGAAAGAAAAGACAACGAGAAUUAGCUCCUAAACCUCCAAAAGUAGUUGUUUCUUUGAGUAAUAUUCUAGAAGAGUGCAAGACCUUGGAGAAAGAAGUCAUCGACCGCAUUUUCCAGGUAUUACUCACCGGUUCCGAUUAUGUUGAUAAGAAUAGUAUUGUUCAUUCUCUUCAAGAUUUAUUUCCUUUGAGAGAAAAGUGGGAUCCUUGGCCUGAAAGACAACGACAGGAUAUGAUCAAAGAAGAAUAUGGCAAUGGAGUGGAUAUAUCUGUUCCAGCAAGACAAUUCUUUCCCAAUAUGGAAAUUCAAAACAUUCCAGUUCACUUACUUUCCGUAAAUUUGUGGGAAUUGCUUAGAAUUGUUCGUUCAGGAAAGGAUGAUUUGCGCUAUCCUGAUGUAGUUUUAGUAGCUUGCUAUACAAAGUCUUUGCGCUCUCUAAGGGAAAUGCUUGCAUUAGAUGAAGUUUUACGUGAUCGUUUACAUUGUAAAGUUCCUCGGUUUUGGGUUAUUUUAGGGGGAGAAGAUGCAAUAGACGAAGUUGAUGCUUUUACUCUGGAAGAUGUUCAACAAGCUUAUCUUGCUAUUCCAUCCAAUAAGAGACCCAAUGACUUUUGGUAUAUUCCGAGUCGUGCAGCAUUUCAAACCUGGUAUGAAAAGAUUGGACAAGAGAUAGUAACAUUUGCUCAAACUGGAAGACAAAUGAAGACUAGUACCGAACUUCAGGAGACCAACUCGGAAGAACAACAGGAUGUAUCAUGUAUGGAUUGUCUAUGUUUAUAAUAUUCAUUAGAUAUAUAUAUAUAUAUAUAUAUACAUUCAUUAUAGAAAAGUUAUUUUGAUAAAAUCAUUGCAAAGUUU